UCCACCAUCAUAUAUUGGAGAGCCUAAAACUAAAGAGCAUUCCAAAUACACUCAACACUUUCACUUUUCUUAUGUUGAAGUUUGCCAAGAGACCUUUCCCGAUGAUCGGAAAGAUAUCGGAACUCCUAGUUUCCGGCAACCGUGCAGGGUUUUCCGACACGGGGACAAGCCCUAGAAGUCCAUUGGACCUCAAGAUGCAACCUUCUCCGAGUCCUAGAGGCUUGAAGAGCUACGACGUUGGCGGUGUUGGGUUGGGCAUAGUAGCUGCCUUGGAAAAAUCAGCCCUUAACGGACGUGAAAUAUUGGCAAAAUACGGCGUGUUCUGUCCGAACACGAACCGGUCCGACCCGAUUCCGGUGAACUCGGGUAAAAACAGUGAUGGGUUUUCGUCAACAGGUGGCCAAGAAUUUGAGGAAGAUAGUCUGGAGAAUUAUACUUACGUGACUCUUCGUGGACAAAACAAGCCAUGCACGAAGGUGUACUAUGACGGAGGUGACUGCGCGGGAAGUGCCAUGCACCGCCCUACCGGUAACGGUGGUUUGACUAUAUGUGACGAUGAUCUUGAAAGCUCGGUUUUUCCGACGUCGGAUUUUCUCAGUUGCUGCCAUUUGUGCAAGAAAAGCCUUCAUGGAAAGGACAUAUACAUGUACAGAGGAGAAAAGGCAUUUUGUAGCACAGAAUGUCGGUCAACCCAGAUAAUUGCCGAUGAGAGGAAAGAGCAGUGCAGAUCAGAAGCUUUGAGAUCAGCAGAUGCUUCGAGAUCAUCGUGUUCGAGAGAGGAGAUCGUCUUCUCCACUGGGAUUCUUGUGAUUUAAGGCAGAUAAUUACAUAGACGGCCAUACGCUAUACAUUUAUACAUAUGUGACGAUAAUUUGAAAACAGAAGAAGGUGUUUGUGAAGUCGGUUUUGACGAAGAAGCAGGCUAAUAUGGACCAUAUCACAGGGGAUAAAAUCCCAAGGAGCUUUGUGUUUUCCAGGUCCUCUGAAGCAGCUUCAAAAAUUUUGGGUAAAUGGUAUCGAUCGGGCUUGUAUUUUGUUAUGACAAACAUGAACAAUUUUGAAUAAUAAAGAACAUGUAUAAAUCUUGAUUUGAAUUAUACAUGGUCCGACGAGAGUAUCGAAUUGUUCUGCUGAUCCAACGGUUCAGACUGUGUUCGUAUUACAGAAUCUCAAAACUCGAGUUUCAUGAUUCUGCAUAUUAAAACGGUUCAAAUUGUGUUCGUAUGGCAGACAGUCUCUAAAAAAAGAUUUUGUUCCAGUCUUUAUUUUAUUGCUAG